AUGACGCUGCUGCAGUCUACUUACCAGCUGGACACUACGGAACUUGCUGCUGGAGUUAUAAACAACACCUAUCGCGAAGACCGCAAAUCCUAUGUGGCUGAAGUAACACCAAUGACAGUCAGUGAUUGCAUUUACUUAGGAAAGUAUACAUCUGAGAAUGAGGAUAACCUGUUAAGUAUCGCGUGGUAUAUUGAAGCAUUACACAAAUAUAAUGAAAGUGAUGCAGAUGUGUACAAUUUAACUGACCACACUGUUAUCAAGCUUCUCUGCACCGCAUACGCUAAAGAAGGUGAUGCAAGUACUGGAAUGGACUUAUAUGCAUUGAUGGUAAGUGCAGACACAAGAAGUUACCCACGAGUAGUAAGAAGGUAUCGAGAACUACUUAAGGAAAUGCUAAUGAGUAAAAAGAAAGGAGAGGCGAAGAUUACAAAAGAAAUACAAUCAAGAGAAGUAGGACCAACAAAGCUACGCUCAACGGGACUCCAUCUGAUCGAGACUCUGUGCCGUGGGGAGCUAAAACCAUUAAAAAAAAAUGAGAGAUUGACGUGCUACUACCAGACAGGGCCACAUCCGUUCCUGCGACUGGCGCGAGUGAAGACCGAGCUGCUGCAUCGCAAUCCUGACAUCAUAUUGUACCGUGACAUCAUCAGCGACGCAGAGAUACAACACAUACAUGAGUUGGCUAAUCCAGAUCUUUCAAAAGCAGCAAUUAUCUUUAACACGACUGAUUGGGAUAGCAGAUACGUAAAAAUACCAGAAGGACGUUCGAAAGUGGCUGCUAGGAUAAACAGACGUAUUGGUGACAUCACCAACUUGAACAUGGAGUUUGCUGAACAUCUUCAGUUUCUGGACUACGGUGUCGGAGAGUAUACCGCAGUGCAACAAGAUUUCUACAGUUUAACUGAAGUAUCUUUGGGUGGAGCUACAGUGUUCUCCGAGAUAGACCUGACCGUGUUCCCAGUAAAGGGGGCUGCUCUAUACUGGAUGAACGCGCAUACCUCUGGAGAAGUGGACAAGAACACAUUUCACGCAACUUGUCCCGUAUUACAUGGUUUCUAUUCUGGUUUCAUCAGAGACAUUACAGUGAAAUACCCCAGUAAGGUUGAUCAAUUUGGCGCAAUAAAUGGGUUGAUACGUCUACAAGACGUUUAUCAACAUGAGGCAAGUGAUUUCGCGAGGGGAAUACUAAAAGGCAAUUUCAGUUCCCCUAUGACAGCUACUGAUUGCUACAUGGAGAAAAAACAGCUGUCCGAACCAAUCAAAGAAGAAGUUACAAGAUUCAAUUUGACAGAUGAACAAAAGAAGAUAUUCGUAGAAGAUUAUAUCUACAAGGCUCUUUGCAGGGGUGAACAGCAGGAAAGGGAUUACAGCUUAACCUGCUACUACCAGACAGGGUCUCACCCCUUCCUGUGGCUGGCGCGAGUGAAGACCGAGCUGCUGCAUCGCAGUCCUGACGUCAUACUGUACCGUGACGUCAUCAGUGAUGCAGAGAUACGACAUCUGAAAGAAAUUUCCAAACCAAUGAUGCAACGUGUAAGCGUUAUUAACGCAAAGGAGACUGAAAAACGCGUCGCCAAGUCAGCGUUUCUCUUGGACGACAUGUCGGCAGUGGUAGCCAAUAUUUCCCACCGUCUGUCCCUCAUAACUAACCUGAGCAUGGAAUCCGCUGAAGAGCUGCAUUUAGUUAACUAUGGCGUCGGUGGCUACUACACACCUCAUCAAGACUUUUACGGAAAUAACAUUCCGCAUGACAUUGGUGCUGACCGAAUUGCGACAGUAAUUUUAUACUUGUCAGAUGUGGAGCAGGGAGGCGCGACGGUGUUCACACGCAUGAAUCUAACUGUGUUCCCGGAGAAGAGAGCUGCCUUAUUCUGGUGGAACCUGCAUCGGUCCGGGGACCCUAACUACGCGAGUGUUCAUGCCGGCUGCCCUGUGCUCAGAGGCUCCAAGUGGAUUUCAAUCAAAUGGUUUCAUGAAGAAGGUCAAGAACUGAUUAGACCUUGCCUUACGACACGUUAAACGCACAAUUGAGAAAUUCAGUAAGUACAUAACCAAGACGUUUU